CAAAAUUGAGCUGUGUUUAUAUGGAUUAGUUUCAUUUCGAUAGACGACGCUGGACCUUACGUGUCUCGAAAGCGAUUUUAUACGGCCGAGCUUGCAAGUGAUGGGAAACGAUCAGCCGAGCGAACAGCUGGCUUUAUUUGUCGCGAUUUAAUGGAUAAAAUUAUGGGACGUGCUCGAAAAUACACAAAGCAGAACAGCUUAUCGGAAACAUACGUGAAUCCUACUACAGUGCUGUCUUGUUUAGAUUCUACGAAGCCGGUGGACAGAAAUAGGAUGCCCGAAAACAAUUACGUUGAAAAUUUGACGAAGGUCGUAUCGACAACCAUGAAUAAGCGUACAUCUAUCGCAGAAGCUGAGUCGAAACCCACAGAUGACACAUUUUCCCUGGACGCUAAUGAUUCAAAUUUAUCUAUCGAAGAAAAACCAUCAACUAAAGCCCAGAGGAGGCGACUUCUCCGUUCGUUUACACUUGCCUCAAUUCCUUCCAGUUUUGAUAAAACAAAUCGGAAGUUUCAUCUUGCUAAGGCUCCACUUAAAGUAAAGUUUCUUGUUUCACCAAAAGGAACGGCUUGGUAUCUUGAAGAAGAAAUUGAGCAGAAUGCUAUCGUAGAAUGUGACACGCACACAGACAGCACUCCAUUUGGUUACAAUUCAUCGUCACAAACAUAUUAUUCAUCGGCACCAGCCUCUCCAGACGCCCACGCCGAGGCUCGUAAGAAGAAAGUCAUCCCACCUGACUUAAAUAUGCCUCCUCGAGCUUCGAUAAGUCUUGAGAAUAUAAACAGACUUCGCGUAUCAUCAAGUAAGCUUACAUUGGAUGGCCAUGAUGAGCAAUCUUUAACUCCUGAAGCUGAGGACGAAAAAGUUAGCUCAGUGAGCUUGGAAGAGAAAGGUCGACCUUUGCGACGUAGUUUUUCUUUUUCUCAACGAAAUUUUCGACGGAAUGCUGUCAUCGAGACCUCUUCUGAAACUAUGUCUGUAAAAACGAAGCGAAAAAGAGACAAUAUACUGGAAGCUUUCUUCAAAGCUGUUGAACAUCAAGAUUCGGAACAAAUCGCUAAACUUCUGUCUACGACUGACGUUGAUGUGAACGAAUUUAACGAUGAUGGCUUUUCGCCACUUGACAUCUCUUUAAUGUUGCAAUCGGACUCAAUUACAAGUCAGUUGUUGGAACACAACGCAAGAGAAAGCAACCGACUUUCAGCCUCCUUGUUGGAAAAUCAUCUAAAAAUGCUUCAAACCUUUGCGGAGGAACAAGUGGAACAAUACGUUGCUGAUGUCGUCAAUAAAGGUUCUACUGAUGCUAAGGAUAGUGAGAAACAUUUAAAAGAAUGCGAGUGGCGACUCCAUCUUUUAAAGAAAAUGUUGGUUGGUUUCCAAGGUCUACAGUUGCCAUCUCGUGCGACGACAGUAUUUCUGUCAGCGGCAUCUGAGACCUCCCUUCUCGUACGUUUCUCUGGUCCAGUUGGUGGAAAGGCAAACCCCGUUACGAAAUUUCGAGUUCAGUGGAGCCGUGAAAAAGCUUUCGAUAAUCUGGACGGUGAAUAUUUUUCUCAUGAUGUAUUAGAUCGUCAGUAUAUCAUUACUGGACUUCAGAAGUCUAUCGCAUAUUAUGUUCGAGUUUCUGUGGGCAAUAUCAAAGGCUACGGUGAAUGGAUGAUCUCUUGUCCACCUUGUGGUCCCAUCAAGCUGGCUGCGUCGUUUCCACAAAUGCACCGCAAACGAGCGAGCUCAUGGCACGUUGUUACUGGAAGCGACGUCUAUUACCUGGAUAGAAAGGACAGUAAAAAGCGAACUUUUGCGAAAUACGCCAAACUUCUGACGUCGACUCCGAAAUUUGUUAAGGAAGUUAAAAGAGGUAUAUAUUUAGCGACAUUGUUCUACACUAAAGAUGACAAGAUCUUAGUGACGCUUGACGACAAUUUACCGAUUGUUGAAGUCGACGAUCAUUCCGCUGGAUCUUUUACUCAAGAGUUUCAAUGGCUAUUGAAGGUUGGCUGUACUUGGCAAGAUAUAAAGUUAUUAAAAGAUCAAGUUGAGCGAAAUCUUUCGUCGACAACUGUGUAUCUACGUGGACGUUUAUUGCAAGCUUUGGAUACACUUCAGGCUGGUGUUGGCUGCGAUGAUCUUGGUCAGCUGCAUUAUCAAAUUAUCAAAGAUAAAAAUGGAACAAAUAUUAUCGUUAUUACCAAAAGAAUUAAGAAUCCUAGUUUCAUCCGUUCGCGAACUCUUUCCAUGAAAUGGACUUCGCUAUCAAAACUUGAACGAAAAUCGAUGACGAGGGACACCGAAGAUACACCGAGUGCUUUGAAUCUUGUCAAGUCAUCCAUCCAGGAUAUGAUAUCUUACCAUCAACAAACCAAGAAACCUCUAGAAAAAGGUUUAUACCUGGGUCUAAUGAAACUUCGUACAUCUGUUGACUCCAUAAACAUCACCGUACCACGAGAUUCACCGAACAUUUUACCUUACGUUAAAGUCAGAGACAAUCCUCAUGUUUCCAGAGAAGAAUGGGAGUGGUUGACUGGCUUGGCGACGACUCCUAGCGAAGAUCUUGCAUCGGAAACACCUCCUAGUUUCCAAUCCACUUUGGAACACGCGGUUAAAACACUCCUCGAUGAUAUUGGCAUCAGUAGACAGGAGUGUGCUGAUUACCGUAUUUAUGAUCGCGAGGUGGUUGAACUGAGUAAAGAUGUGUCCCUAUUGAUCCUUGUACCAUCCCCAAAAGAUGUUUGCUCGUGUCCUGGUGAUGGAGAUAUUUUCUCAAACGAUGAUCGAUUUCUAUCGAUUCCUGUCCCUGUAUUUGAGAUGAAUGUUAUGAAAACGUAUCAAAACCAAUUUAUAUGUCACUAUUCAAGACUGUCUUCCAUUCUUGAUAUGGCGCUGCUUAUUAGUCAACACGAUUGUAGAAAGGCUAUCUUAGAUGACGAAGUUAAAGAAACCAAAGCAACACAAAAUACACUUAGUAAUUUUCAAAAAGAGUUAGACGAGACGUGGAAGGGUAUGAGAUGGUUAUUGGACAUUCUACACUAUACACGUGAUAGAGAAUGCGUCAGUGGUAUACCGCUGGAUCUCGUCUUUGACACCCAACGACCCUGUGGUCCGGAAGCCGACGAUUGUCAUCGGAAGCACUCGGAACUGAAAAACUUGAGUACAUUAACUACAAAUAGUGAUGCUUCGAGUUUAGAAAGUGGAGUUCUGAAGAUUUAUUCCUCAUGUGAGACUGGUCUUGCUCCAGGAAGAAGUGUAAAGCUUCACGUAUCCUCCGACACAACAGUAGAACAAGUUGUGUACUUGGUUGUUCGCCAACUAGAGAAACUCGUCCAGCAAAAGAACCCGGAUACAAAACUACUGACCGAAGAGAAGGUGAAAGAAUUUUGUUUAGUUGCUGUAAUUGGCGCCCGCGAACGUUGUCUCAGCGAUGAUUAUAAAAUACUACAGCUUCAAAAUCCUUGGGUCAAGGGAAAACUGUUUGUGCGCCUGCGCGUCGAAGCUAUUGCUGCUAAUAAUCGUUCAACGUCUACGUUAGUGUGAUAUCGAAUCAACACAUUCUGAUUGGUUCACGUUUUGUUGAUUCAGCCGUCAAAUAUCUGGCGCGAUAUUUUGCUAGCUCCCCCCGGCCAAGCGAUCCGUCUUAAUAGAACUAGUAUAGAUGUUGCUAGACACCACAAUAUUUGAAGGAGGGGAAUCUGGUUGUGUUGAUAUUUCUUUGACGACAGGAACGUCAACCGGAAAUAGAAAAAUAGAGUUCACCUUAUGCCAUUUAUUCAAAUGUCGACGUUAUUUCAGGAAAUAGUUAUGUUACGGACAUGAAAAAACAUGUUAAAAGACAGAUGUUUAAAAUUAUGUUAAUUCUAGAUAUGUAUAUUGUUAAAAAAUAUUGUUGUUAUUUGCUCUUGUUUGCUGUAUGCAUGUGUUGUAUGCAGUUGUGGGAGCUGGUCUCCAUUGUUUAUAUUAUAGAAAAAUUGAAAUUGA